GGCUAGGACGGGCAUCGAAGCAUCCUAUUGUCUGCCUCCACCUACGGGUACGAACGCCAUGCAGGGGUAAAAGAGCGAAAUCUACUAGUAGGACACGUGCACGAUGUCAUACUGGGGCAGCAGAUCACACUUCGCCGGCGGCCAGAGCAACGGCAACGACCAGCAGGACGGGUACGGUGGCGGCGCCCAGCAGUAUGAAGCGACCGGCGGCGGCAAGAAACGCGGGUCCUCGAGGCUGAAGAAGAGCAGCGGCAACAAGAAAGACGCCGACGCCGCCGACGACUACCCCAAGUCGUACGCCAACGCCGGCAGCACCGACGAGGCCGGCGACAACCGCUACAACAACAGGAACAACAGCUACGGCAGCAACGGCGGUAGCGACGACUACAACAGCGGCGGUGGCAACAACCGCUACAACGCCGGCAGCGUAGUCCUAGGCGCGCCCUACUACGGCGGCGGCGGCGGCUACGGAAACAGCUCUCCCUACCGCGGCGGCGGCGGCUACGGAAACAGCUCUCCCUACCGCGGCGGCGGCGGCGGCGGCUACGGCAACAGCGCUCCCUACGGCACCGGCGGUGACGGCGGGGCGUUCUGGGCUCCCCAGGACGGCACCAGGUCCCCCUUGUACAUCAGCACCAGGGAGGUGCACGUGUACGGCUCGCCGGGGUACGACAACGACAGCCAGAGCAACGACCAGAGGAGGAGAGGCGGCGGCGGCGGGUUCUUCGGCCCGGCGUUCCACGCCGUCGGCCACUUCUUCGACCGCAAGUUCGGCCUCAACGACAGGGACUGACGCGCGCGCCUACGGCGUGCCGUGAAUAUCCAUGCAUGUUCGCGUCGGCGACAGAGAUCUAUCUUCGUGCAGUCACACCUUCUCUUCAGCUGUACUACCCCAUAGCUAAGUGCUAAUAAUAAGCUACUUUUCCAACCCAAAAAAAAAAACAAAAAACCAAGUGUUAAGCUAGCUAGAGCUCACCGGGAGCCGUUCAUGGUGUCAAAGGGGGUGCAGCUUCGUGCCUUAGUUUACAAUUCCGAGUGCGCCAGUGUUUUCCUGCCCUUUUGGUGCUGUGACCGAUGUACUACAUGUUACAGGAUGCGGAUGGUUAACGUAUACAUUUUAUCGUGUGCUUGGUAUGAUUUGUAUAGCGAUGAUUGAGAUUAGUGCAAGUCCCCAAGUAUGGUGUUUUAUUGGUGUACUACUUUUAUUUUUUAGAUAUGUGCACAUACAUAUGUGUUUGCAUUACUUGUAUAAUAUAAUAUGUUUUUUUAGAAAAUUGUAAAAGUCA